AUGAAGCGUCUGCUCAGUACCAUCAACAAGCGGCCGAACGCGAGUCCUUCGCGCGACGAAUACCCCCAGGACUCGCCGGAAAGCAUCAUCCUUAAAGAAGUGACUGCAUUUUGCGAAAAGGGUCAGGGUCCGAACCAACCGCAAGGAGAUGAGUUCGUCCACCUGCCCACUAUUGUCGAGAGCGCCGAAUCGAGCCCCAAUGCCGCGCGUGAAGCCGCCCAUCUCCUCCGGAAACUUCUCUCGUCGCCGAACUCUACAGCCGCGAAUAUUCAGUACAAUGCGCUGAUGCUGAUACGCAUCCUGAUCGACAACCCUGGGCAUACAUUUAGUCGCAACUUAGACGCCAAGUUCGUCGCGACGGUCAAGGAUGUGCUUCGUACGGAGAAGGAUCUGGGUGUACAGCGGUUCCUCCGGGAGACGUUGGAUUCUAUGGAAAUGCAGCGAGGGUGGGAUGAGGAUCUCAAGCCGCUCGUAGAGAUGUGGAAGAAGGAGAAGGCUAAGAUGGACAAAACUUUUAACGUGAAGAGUCGAUCGAACAGCUGGCGAUCAUCCGUGUCGCGUCAGAACUCGGAUACAUUUGUCCGCCAUGAGCGUGUCGAUACUUUGCCGCCGCCAGAUGAGCUUGUCGCUCGCAUAUCCGAGGCCAAGACCACAGCGAAACUCCUAAUGCAGUUCGUGCAGUCGACCCCGCCGACCGAGAUGCUGUCCAACGACCUCAUCCAGGAAUUCUCCGCUCGGUCUCGACGAGCACAACGCGCCAUCUCGAACUAUGUCCACGCGACGAACCCUCCACCUGACGAGGAUACCCUGUUGACCCUCAUCGAAACAAACGACGAACUGUCUGUGGCGCUGUCCAAGCAUCAGCGCGCCAUGCUGCAGGCGCGGAAAGCACUCGGCCAGCAAACCCCUCCAGCCGAGCCGACCACAGCUGAACAGUCGCCUGAGCCAAGCGAGCAGCCGACUACAAGCGCAACCGCAUCGCGCCCGGUUCCUCCGCCUCCUGUGCCGCUGCGAACCCAGAUCGAGACUCCGCCGCUGGUUGAGCCGGUAUCACCAGUCUCGCCCGAAAGGGGCCCCCAGCGGAAUGCUACAACGAAGACCGAGCAGUCCGAUACCUCAAUGGCGAGCGGGACUGGAACAGGAGGCCGAUACGAAUACCGGUCCGAGGAUUACCAGGUGCAGAACCCGUUUGCAGACAACUAUAGUAUUCCGUCAACCAUCCCGGCUCACGCCGCCGACGACGACGAACGGGAAGUCGAGCGAGAAAGGUGGAAUAUGGCGCAACAGCCGGCCCAGCAGCACCCGCGUCCUUAG